AUGGAAUCCCCCGUGGGCAGCAGACCGCCCUCCCCAGACCUCACCGUGCCACCCCCUGGCAUAGGCACCGGCGUAUACGGAGCCGUGCGAACAGGCGUUGCGACAGCCUUCAAUAGCCUGGUUUCGGGUAUUUCGCAAAGGUCGACGACACGGGGGGAUGAUAUAAUUCCGCCGAUCCAGGCGCGGGUAAGGCCACAGGACUCGAUGGCUCAGUAUACGAGGGCGUUUGAUCAGAGAAGAACAAUAGCGGAGGCGGCCAAGAAGUUGGCAGAGUGGUCGGCAGCGGGGGAGCAGAGGGGGGAGGGAGGGGAGCAGGGGCAAGAGGAUGAAGAGGAUGAUGCGCGAGGGGCUCAGCCUAUCCACGCGCACGGGGGGCGCCAUGGAUCGGGAAACGUAAGGAGCGCAGCCCGUAAUAGGGCGACGCGCGAGCGGGAGGAGAUAGUAAUGCUCGGGACACUAGGGGCCCGGCAUAGAGCGGGCCAGGAGCGACAGGAGCUUCCAGAGGGCCAGCAGCCAGGCCUUGCAGAAAGCCUAGCUGUAGCAGCUGCCACCAAUUCUCGAAUCCACUCCGCCGCCGAGGGUAUCACCGAGGAGCAGUUGCACGUUACCAGGGAGAAGAUACAAUACGAUCGCCGUAAAUUCCACUUUGCCAUCGUUGGAAGGGCCGGAUCCGGGAAAUCCUCGCUAAUCAACGCCUUCCUCAACCGAAAACCAGGUGAACCGGGCGCUGCGAGAACGGGGCCGACAGGGACAACGGCUGAGAUUUGCCGCUUUCAGGAUCCGGGACCUCGGCCCCCGCGGCAAUGGGCAGUUUGGUUCGAUGUGCCUGGUGUUGAGACAUUGGGUAUACCCCACCUGGAGUACUUUAAAAACCAGGGAUUAUACGCUUUCAAUGCCAUCAUCUUGGUAAUCGGAGACCGCUUCGAAGAGUUUGACUGCAGCAUCAUGGCUUCAUGCCAAAAGCAUGAGAUCCCGUGCAUCAUUGUAAGGUCAAAGUUGGAUCAACACAUCGACAACAUGCUCAAGGAAAGAGACGAAGACUACCAAUAUACGUGGCGUGAAUCAAUGGUUAAGGCGGCUCGAGACGAGUGUCGGACUAUAUUCAGAGAGCAGACACGAGCGAUGGUAGAGGAAGCGCUACACAAGGCCGAUCUAGAGUGCCAGAAAGUCUUCUGUGUUUCUAGGUUUGCUCUCAAAAGAGCUUUAAAUAAUACUUUGUUUCUUUCGAGUCAUGUACAGCACCCGCCUGCAUAG